AGCAAUAUAAAGGGUGUGAAGGGGAGACUCUUAAGAGCAUAAACCAAAGCAACAAAACAAUCAAUGGGGUCUCCAAUAGCCUCUUUUGCAGCAAGUUUGCUUGUUUUAACAAUCUCUCCUCUCACCUUUUUAUCUCAAUCAGCUGAUAAGUACUUAUAUUCUUCUCCUCCACCACCUGUUAAGCAUUACGAAUACAAAUCUCCACCUCCUCCGGUUAAACACUAUUCUUCCCCUCCGGUUUAUCAUUCUCCUCCCCCACCUAAGAAACACUACGAAUACAAACCUCCACCUCCUCCAGUUAAGCACUAUUCUCUUCCUCUGGCUUACCACUCUCCACCACCUCCCAAGAAAGACUACGUCUACAAAUCUCCACCCCCACCGGUUAAGCACUACUCUCCAGCACUAGUCUACCGCUCACCACCACCACCACCCAAUAAACAUUACGUAUACAAAUCUCCUCCUCCUCCGGUUAAACAUCAUUCUCCUUCUCUGGCUUACCACUCUCCACCCCCACCGGUUAAACACUAUAUUUCCCCGGUUUACCAUUCUCCACCACCACCAGAGAAACACUACAUGUACAAAUCUCCUCCUCCUCCGGUUAUGCACUACUCUCCUUCGGUUUACCACUCUCCACCACCACCAAAGAAGCACUACGAAUACAAAACUCCACCUCCUCCGGUUAAACACUAUACUUCUCCAUUAUACAAUUCCCCACCACCACCAAAGAAAAAUUACGUAUAUAUACCACCUCCUCCUCCUCGAGUCCAACACUACUUUCCCCCACACCAUCCUUACCUCUACAAAUCUCCUCCUCCUCCAUACCACCAUUAGAAUUCUCUGUCAUGGAGAACACGAUGUGCGCAAGGAGAAAAGUCAAC